UAUCUCGCCCUCAGUUACGUGUGGGGCGAGGCACAACCGCACAAGACCACCAAAUCCAACGUAUCUGCUUAUCACGACGCCAUUCCCCGCUCUCUCCUCCCGCAAACCAUCCUCGACGCAAUCUAUGUCACCCACGCCCUUGGGUUCAAGUACCUCUGGGCGGAUAGCCUGUGUAUUGUGCAAGACUCGGGCAAGGACAAGCUACACGAGAUCGGGAAGAUGCAUCUCAUCUACCGGUACGCAUAUUUAACCAUCAUCGCCGCCAGCGCACAGCGGGUCAGCGACGGCUUCCUGCAGGAUCGUUCGGCACCACCACCACCCAAGUUCACUCUUCCGUUCAUCUGCCCCCCGCGCCCUCACUCCCCGGACGAUGACGUUACAGAGCCUUGCGCCCGGGGAGAAGUGCACUACUUCGAUGAGGUCUGGGACACGCCAGGGGACUCAGAGCCUGUGGACAGGCGGGGUUGGUGCCUGCAAGAACUCCUGAUGUCUCCGCGCGCGCUCCUCUUCGCGUCGAAGACGCUCCGGUUCAGGUGCCAAGACACCACGCUGAACGUUGGCAACUCGAUUCACCGCACGACGUUCGACGUCCGGCUGCCCGACAUCCUCUUCGACCCCGCGCCGCCGCCUCUCCAACCCGGCUCGACGGAAUGGUGCGACGUCCACCUUCGGUGGCGCGAUGUUGUGCAUCAGUACAGCGCGCGCACCCUCGGAACGUCAUCGGACAAGCUCGUUGCGUGCGGCGCGCUUGCGGAGGCGUUCCAACGCGUCCUGCGCUGCGACUAUCUCGCGGGUUUAUGGCGCUCGGAGAUGCUCCUCAACGACCUGCUCUGGAGGGUGCGGGACCCCGUAGAUCUCGAAUAUCCAGCGACAUAUCGAGCGCCGUCGUGGUCGUGGGCCGCCGUCGACGGGCAAAGCACCUCCGACUUCUUCCCCCGCGGGCCGGAGAUUGUCGUCGGUGCAAAGGUGGUUCGUUGCGAUGUCACCCUCAAGGAUCCGGAGCUUCCAUUCGGCGAAGUGACGGGUGGGUCCCUUGUGCUGCGC